UCAAUUUGCUUCAAGGGGAGGGAAAAGUUCUAUAAUUAAACUAUUAAUCAAGUUAUUAGAAACAAAUUGAACGUAUUACAAAGGAAAAAUUGAAACAAAUUACAAAUUAAUGGUUUUUUUAGAAGGAAAAAAAGGUUGUUAAUUGUUUUGUCUGUUUGUUCUAUAUUAUUCCGUGGAGAAAGGCAAAGCGAUGCAGAAGAGAAGACGCUUUCAGAGCAGAAAAACAGUCGCCAUUGGUGGAAACUUGCCGAAUUCGAAACAAUCAUGCCAGAAGAGAAGAAAAUUUGGUGGUUGAAAUAAUUAAAGCGCGGUUUCUUGAUAAGUGGAGAGAAAAAAUGCGAGAGAUCGAGUCCAAAUCUUCGUAUAAAACUUCAAGGUCUCGAGGAAGAGUUAAAUAUAUGGGAAUUUUUACUCGUAUCUCUCUGUUUUGCUUCUCCAACUAUUUGAUGGCUUUCCGCCGAAACGCUUUGGCGGUAUCUGGCAUUUCUUGAAAAACUUGAAGGUUUCUGUUUCUGGGUUUCUACGAUGAGGACGGAGAUUACAAUAUAAACCCAUCUUUACAUGUUUUCCAUGGGUUUUCUUUUUUCUGAUUCUUUCUUCUCAUGUUCUCUUUCUUUCAACUGGGGUUAGGUUCUACUUUGCACAACAACUUUCAAAGAUUCAUAUAAUUUAUUUAUGUGGAUUGAUAAUGUUCAAAGUUGUUAACAUGGGUCUGUUUUAGUUUUGAUAUUGGGUUUCUUUACUUUUUUUCGCGUCUGGAUUGGGGGAGUGGAUGUUUGUGGGGAACACGACGAUUUCUUCAUUUGUGGGUUGUUUAAGUUUCUUUUAGUUGUACCGUGUAAAUUGGUGUUUGUGGGAACUUUCAAUCGGUGGGAUAGAAAAAAUGAGCGGUGGCCGAAGGAGAAAGCUGCAUUUUAGCAAGAUCUACUCGUUUGCAUGUGGGAAAGCUUCGUUAAAGGAUGAUCAUUCACAACUUGGGGGUCCGGGGUUUUCUCGAGUUGUUUUCUGUAACGAACCAGAAUGUUUUGAGGCAGAAAUUCGUAACUACAUAGACAAUUACAUUAGUACUACCAAGUAUACUCUAGCUACUUUCUUGCCCAAGUCAUUGUUUGAGCAAUUCAGGAGGGUGGCUAAUUUCUAUUUCUUAGUCAGUGGGAUCCUUGCUUUUACUCCUCUUGCUCCUUACACGGCCGUCAGCGCGAUUAUUCCUCUUAUUCUUGUCAUAUCAGCCACAAUGAUCAAAGAAGGGAUCGAGGAUUUGAGGCGGAAAAAACAGGAUAUUGAGGUUAACAAUAGAAAGGUUAAAGUGCAUCAACGUGAUGGAGUUUUUGCUUAUACAGAGUGGAAGAAUCUGAGGGUGGGUGAUAUUGUGAGAGUGGAGAAGGAUGAAUUCUUUCCAGCAGAUAUUGUCUUGCUUUCAUCCAGUUAUGAGGAUGCAAUCUGCUAUGUUGAGACAAUGAACCUUGAUGGUGAGACAAAUUUGAAACUAAAACAAGCAUUGGAGGUGACUUCACACAUGCACGAGGAUUCCAUGUUCAACACCUUUAAGGCUAUCAUAAAAUGCGAGGAUCCAAAUGCAAAUUUAUACAGUUUUGUUGGUAGUAUGGAGUUGGAAGAGCAACAAUAUCCUCUAUCGCCUCAACAACUACUCCUUCGAGACUCUAAACUCCGGAAUACAGAUUAUAUAUAUGGGGUGGUUGUCUUUACUGGUCGUGACACAAAGGUUAUUCAAAAUUCUACUGAUCCACCUUCAAAGAGAAGCAAAGUUGAGAGAAAAAUGGAUAAAAUCAUAUAUAUUUUGUUCUGUCUUCUAUUUUUGCUUGCUCUUGUAGGAUCUAUAUUUUUUGGCUUUGUGACUGACGAUGAUUUGGAAAAUGGGAGAAUGAAGAGAUGGUAUCUCAGGCCUGACAAGGCCAAAAUUUUCUUUGAUCCAAAAAGGGCUCCAAUAGCUGCAAUUUUCCAUUUUCUUACAGCACUGAUGUUAUAUAACUAUUUCAUUCCAAUCUCACUGUAUGUAUCAAUAGAAAUUGUCAAAGUUCUUCAGAGCAUAUUCAUCAAUCAAGAUAUUAAUAUGUAUUAUGAAGAAGCUGAUAAACCUGCUCGUGCUCGCACCUCAAAUUUGAAUGAAGAACUUGGUCAAGUCGAUACAAUACUCUCUGACAAGACUGGAACUCUGACCUGUAAUUCAAUGGAGUUCAUUAAGUGUUCUAUAGCGGGGAGGGCUUAUGGGCAGGGUUUCACAGAGGUAGAAAGGGCUAUAGGUAGACAAAAGGAUUCACCUCUGCAUGAAGCUGUAAAUGGGGGGAAUCACCAUGAGAAUGCCAAUGAUAAAACUUCACAUAUCAAGGGCUUUAAUUUUAAGGAUGAUAGGAUUAUGAAUGGGAAUUGGGUUAAUGAGCCUCAUGCAAAUGUCAUUCAAAUGUUUUUCCGUCUUCUUGCAACUUGUCAUACAGCAAUACCUGAAAUCAAUGAGGACACUGGAGAGGUUUCUUAUGAGGCUGAAUCCCCAGAUGAAGCAGCAUUUGUGAUUGCAGCCAGAGAAAUUGGUUUUGAGUUCUACAAAAGAUCACAGACAAGCAUAUCACUGCAUGAGUUUGAUCCUUCAUUAGGCAAGAAAGUUGAUAGGGCAUAUAAACUGCUGCAUGUUUUGGAAUUUAAUAGCUCAAGAAAGAGGAUGUCUGUCAUAGUAAGAAAUGAGGAGGAUAAAAUAUUGUUAUUCUGUAAGGGUGCAGACAGUAUCAUGUUUGAAAGGCUUGGAAAGAAUGGAAGGGAGUUUGAAGAGCAGACCAAGGAACAUGUCAAUGAGUAUGCUGAUGCAGGAUUGAGGACUUUGAUACUUGCCUAUCGCGAGCUUGAAGAGAAAGAUUUCAGAGAAUUUGAUGACGAGUUCACCAAAGCCAAAAGUUCAGUUAGUGCAGAUCGAGAAUCAUUGAUUGAGAAAAUGACCGACAAAAUUGAGAGGAAUCUAAUUCUUCUUGGUGCCACUGCUGUUGAGGACAAGCUUCAAAAUGGGGUUCCUGAGUGCAUUGACAGGCUUGCUCAGGCGGGAAUUAAGAUUUGGGUUUUGACAGGGGACAAAAUGGAGACUGCCAUUAAUAUUGGUUUUGCCUGUAGCUUACUAAGACAAGAUAUGAAGCAGAUUGUUAUUACUCUGGAGACGUCAGAAAUUCAGACCCUAGAAAAGACAGGGGAUAAGGAUUCUAUCAUCAAGGGAUCGAUGCAGUGUGUCCUUGAUCAAAUUACUCGAGGGAGAGCUCAGGUCACUUCACCAAGUGGGUUAUCUGAAGCAUUUGCAUUAAUUAUUGAUGGAAAAUCACUUUCUUAUGCUUUAGAGGACAGUAUGAAGGCAUUGUUUCUUGAGUUAGCGACACAUUGUGCUUCUGUUAUUUGCUGCCGUUCAUCUCCAAAACAGAAGGCACUGGUAACAAGGUUAGUUAAAUCUGGAACACGGAAAACAACUUUAGCUAUUGGCGACGGUGCCAAUGAUGUAGGGAUGCUUCAAGAAGCGGACAUUGGAGUCGGAAUUAGUGGUGCGGAAGGAAUGCAGGCCGUUAUGUCUAGUGAUGUUGCAAUAGCACAGUUUAAAUAUUUAGAGCACCUGCUUCUUGUGCAUGGACAUUGGUGCUACAGAAGGAUAUCAUCAAUGAUUUGCUACUUUUUCUAUAAGAAUAUUACUUUUGGUUUUACCAUAUUCCUAUACGAAGCAUUCACAUCAUUCUCUGGGCAACCUGUAUAUAAUGAUUGGUUUUUAUCACUUUACAAUGUUUUCUUCUCGUCGCUUCCAGUGGUAGCUUUGGGAGUUUUUGAUCAGGAUGUAUCUGCAAGACUCUGCCUCCAGUUUCCUCUCUUAUACCAACAAGGGGUGCAGAAUGUUCUUUUCAGCUGGCUUCGAAUACUCAGUUGGAUGUUUAAUGGAUUGUGCAGUGCUGUGAUCAUUUACUUCCUAUGCACUCGAGCACUCGAGCAUCAGGCGUUCAACUCCGACGGGAAAACUGCAGGGCGAGAUAUUCUGGGUGCAACAAUGUACUCUUGUGUUGUUUGGGUUGUGAAUUUGCAAAUGGCACUCGCUGUUAGUUACUUCACCUUGAUACAGCAUCUUUUCAUCUGGGGUUCAAUUUCGAUCUGGUACAUUUUUCUCCUGAUCUAUGGGUCCAUGACCCCCACCUUUUCAACUAAUGCUUACAAGAUCUUCAUCGAAGUCCUUGCCCCUGGCCCUUCCUACUGGCUUGUGCUUCUAUUUGUGGUGAUCACAACACUCAUUCCUUACUUCUCCUACUCAGCUAUACAGAUGAGGUUCCUUCCCAUGUAUCAUCAAAUAAUUUUAUGGAUUAGGAAUGAAGGGCAACUAGACAACCAAGAGUACUGUGAUAUUUUGCGGAAUACUUCCACUUUCCGAUCUACGAGCGUGGGUUCCACAGCACGGUUAGCAGCCAAAAGGAGCCAAAAAAAAGAGAGAAACCCGAGUGCUACUUGACAAGCACAACAUCGGUAUCUAUGUUCAGUGUGUUUGUCUUCAAAAGAUGAAGAUUUCUUCUACAUGUCUAACAGAUAAAACCACCCACAAUACAUAUUGAAUAUGAUGCUGUUUUCUUGCUCUUGGACAAAUCUGAUAUGAAGCAUACAUAUAGCCUGUGGCAAGAAAAUACAGAAGAAGCAUCAGCAGAAAGAUAGUUGUGGGUAGAACCUUUGUUUUAUACUCUUCCAACUUCUUAUGUACAUUAUUACAAAAGUGAGGGAAUUCAUUGUAGGAUUAGGUAACAUUAGUUUAGUAACAAAAAAAAGAACAUUAUAGCAGAGCCUCCCUUUGUCAAUCCACUCCACUCUCUUUCUUUUUAUUUGUAAUAUACGACUCGACAUUUAUACGAUAAUCGAUGUAACUUUUUGAGCUUCACAGUAUAAUUGUUGCAAAGAACUAAUUUAGAGCUAGUGUGAGUA